AUGGGGAGAGUGAAGAUACAGAUGAAAACAAUUGAAGACAGACCACAAAGAAACAUUGCAUUUGCCAAAAGAAAAAGUGGAUUAUUGAAAAAGGCUUAUGAAAUCGCCACUCUUUGUGAUGUUCCUGUUCUUCUCGUUAUGUUCUCUCCCUCCGGUAAACUCUUCCUUUAUGAUGCCAAAACAAGGAUCGAAGAGACACUACAGAAUUAUCUCGAUCUGGGAUGCUAUGUACCUGGAAGACACCCACUCCCAGAUGAACCGUAUGUACGACGGUGGAUUCAUCAAAUGCGUCUGGAAUCACAGCAUAAGGACUCAAGAGAAAAUUCUGACGAUGGGGUUCGCCAUAAAACUCGAUCAAAGACUAUAGAGAAUGCAAUUGACGACUGCAAUGUCAAAUUAGCCAACGUGGAACAACAGUUGGGUUAUUUUCUGAAGAAUCCAAACCAGUGGAAAUCAAGAGCUGAAGUUGAUUUUCAAGAAAAACUACUCCAGAAUACUCUGGAUCAAGUUCGAUAUCGGAAGCAACUUUUGGAGGUUGAAAGUAAAGUCUUUGAUGCACUUGGUUAG